AUGUACAACGGAAACGGUGCGCCCGACAGAGGCGGCGGUGGCUCGGGCAGCGGCUCGGGAGGUGGCUCCGGGGGUGGUGGUGCGCCUCCUGCGAACCUGCCGAUCCCGCCGAACCUGUCUCUGACGAACGCGCUGCAGGCGAUGGGCAUCAACACGCAAUACGUGAACGCGAUGCUCGAUUUGCGGCAGCCCCAGCACGAGUACCAGAACAACAGCGAGCUGCAUCAGCUGCAUUCGCAGCUGCAAUCGCAGCUGAUGCAGCAACUUCAACUGCAGCAAGGACAGCGACACACGCCGGCGGUCAUCGGCCAGCAACAGAGCGAUCUCAUCGUAAGGGAGUACCGCCAAAUUCUGCUGUCCGAUCCGAAUAUCAUCGAGAGCUUUCACGCGCUCCGGCGAACUAUCGGGCGGCAGAUGGGGCAGACUGGCAACGCGCUCGAAUACUUGCAACAGACUCCCGAUGUGAUUCAGGUGGCCGCGGAGAUGCUCGCGGCUCAGGAACAAGUUGAAGCGCAACUCCAGCACGGAGCUCACGCGCAGCUCGAGACCCACGCACACGCUCAACUUCAGAUGAUCAACAACAGCAACAGCGGAGCAGGCGGAGGAGGAGGAGCCGGAGCCGGAGCUCCGCCUGCGAUGCACCAACUCAACCUCGUCGGCAACUUCAUCGCGCAAGAGGAGGCGAUGCAGAACGGGCUGCCGGCCGGCUUGCUCCAUCCGCAGAUCAGCCCGCAGCAGCUCGCAUUGGCGGCUGCGGCCAUGGGCUCGCCGCGCCAGCAGUUGCCGCAGCCGGCACACAAUCUGCCCGCCGCGCUCAUGCAACAGGUAACAAUACAACAAGUAUCCACGUUUUUGAACUUUUGAAAGUUUUGCUUCGUGAAAAUAGAGCCUUUUUGCGCCAGGAUGUCGUGCACUACAACAGCAACAUAUUUUGAAACAGGCUUACUAGGGAAUGGCCCGCACUUACCUUGGGCUUUUGGAAUGGGACCUAUAUGUUAUGAUUCGAAAGGGAAUUUCACGGAGAAUCCGAAUCUGCUCUCCAUUUUUGCUAAAGAGCACUGGCUGGCGAGAAAAUCUGCCUGUUUCUGCCACAUUUUCUAAGAAGUUCAUCUUCGGCGACCUGUAUCUCAAGAACCACGCGUCCGUUGCAAAAGUGGUCAACUAGUAAGUUAACGCAAAUUAUCUCGUGAAUAACUUUGUAGUUGAUCGUCUAUUUAAAAAUUAGUUUUCGAGUUAUCGUCGCUGUUUUCUUGUCGCUCAACGGACACGUGGUUCUUGAGAUACUGGUCGCCGAAGUUGAAUUUGCUAGAAAAUGAGGCAGAUUUUUUCGCCAGGCAGUGCUCUUCAGCAAAAAUGGAGAGCAGAUUCGGAUUCUCCGUGAAAUUCUCUUUCGAAUCAUAUAGGUCGCAUUCCAAAAGCCCAAGAUAAGUGCGGGCCAUUCCCUAAUUAGAAUGGGGGAUUCAUGUUCCUAAUGCUCCUCAAAUUUUUUUUAAAAAAUGCAAUUUACAAGCUAAAUAUUGCAGAUCACGGAGCUCUCUUUGAAAAGUUCGUCAAAAAUCAUACUUGCUUCGAUAAAACCCGACAUUUCUCAGGCCUUCAGUUGUUCCACCAAAUCAUGAAAUGUGAUAACGCUCUGAAAAACUGUGCGCGUAUUCUGAAUACCGAAAGCUUCAUUCAUUUUUCUGUGCAGGCAGUUUUUCUGAACUGUUUCAUGUUUUACACAAGCGGAAUAACAAACAACGCGCAUUUUCUUAUUUCCUUUGUGCGAAACAUAACUGACUCGAACGACUGUUGAGAGAGACUGUCAUCACAGAAAAAUGAAGCUUUAGGUAUUCAGAGAACACUAUCACGUUCCAUGACUAGAUGGAACAACUGAAGGCCUGAGAAAUGCCAAAUUUUAUGGAAGCACGUUCAAUUCGCGGCGAAUUUUUCGAAGAGAACGUUGUUUUUCAAUUGUUAGCUUGUGAAUUUCAAGUGAGCUCGAUUCAAUAGUCGAUAAGUUUGAGAUUGGCGCGAAAAUCGAAUUUUCUAAAAUGUUGUCAGUAUAGCACUUUUUCACGGAACAAAACCGACGAUAUUCUGCAUUUAUCGUCAAAAAUCGAACUGGCAUGCCCGAAAAACGCAGUUAUUGUCAAGUGCCAAGUGCAUGAUUUAAAAACAAUUUUUUCAUCAUUCUCAAAUUAAAAUUUCGCUAAAAGUGUUGCACUUUUUCGAUGAAAAAAUGGCGUAAGAACGCCAACAAGUAUUAAUUAUCGUUUAGCUGCAAGAGAUAGCCGCUCUGCAACGGCGCUUCCAGCAACUGCCCAUCAUUCCGACGCCUCCGAUGGUUCCGCCGCCGUCGGAUCCGCCCACUCCCCAGCUCGUUCUUCCGCAAAUGGCCGUCCCAGUGAUUGCUCCUCCGGCUCCGCAGAUCGAACCGGCUCCGCCCCUUUUCCAACCGGUGGCUCCACAAAUUGCUCCAAUUCUUCCGGUUGUGGCCACUCCGCAACGUCCUCGUUCUAUGGACGUGGAGUUCCCGCCGGAAAAUCCUAAUGUGGCGUUUCCUGUUCCGAUAGUUCCGCAGGCAGCUCCACUUCCACCACCGGCUCCUGCUCAGAUUCCAGCUCGGGCUCCUCCAGCGCAAGUUCCGAUUCAGGCUCUUCAGGCCCCGGUGAUCCCACCGGUUCAAGCUCCGCCUCCGGUCGUAGGGCCAUCACCACGAGAGCAGCAGAGACCACGUCAGGCGCAGCAAAGAAGACGCGGUGGAAGCAACGGCGGAGGAGGACGUGGCGGACGGGGCGGAAGACGGGCGGCCGGACGGACCGCCAAUCAGGAGAGCAACGUGGUCGAGGGACCGCCGCGAGUUGACGAGGCACUCUCCUAUCUGAGGGUCAUUAAGAGCUCGUUCGACUCGCGCGUCGACAUUUAUCACAAGUUUCUCGAGAUUAUGAAGAAUUUUCGAGCACAGAGGUGAGGAGACGGUUUGCUUGAAAUUAUACGCUUUUCAAAGGAAUCGUACCCAGUCGGGUAAUUUACCGGGGUAAAACUGAAAAUUACAUAAUGGCGGCAUUUCUCACUCGCUCUGUUCCUAAUCUGGCCGCGUUCUUCUGCUGCAAAGUCGCUUUUAGUUUUUUUUCACUGGAAAUGUGGCCGAACUUUUUCAUUUUUCGUCAAACUCAGUCGCGAGAUCAAACAGUCUCUCAACAGAGCGGGCCCUUACUUUGCACGAUUAUCAGUCGUGGUUUGGAUUGUUUUCAUCCUCAACUUGGUCUCAAACUACUUCAAUCCAAGUCCCCGAAGACUGCAAAGUUUGGGCCCUUUUUCCAGCCCUGGUUUUAAUAUAAUACAAAAAUGUCUGCAGAAUUGACACUCCGGAGGUGAUCGAACAAGUGGCGGACCUUCUGUACGAGCAGCCGGAACUCGUGCUCGGCUUCAAUACGUUCCUGCCGGCCGGCUACCAGAUCUCGCUGACUCUCGACUCGAAGUACGUGUUCACGGCGCCCGCUUCCCUUCCACGAGUGCUGCCGACGCCCGCGGAACGCGAAAACGGACGGACGUCGCGUCCGGUGGAUCCGAACGAUCCGAACGACGGUGACGUGCGGGAUGCGGAGAGAAUGGAGGAGGAGGAAGAGGAAGAAGGAUCGAACGAGGAGAUGGAGCAAGAGCCGGAGAGGAUGGAGGGCAUUCAGGAAGGGGGCGAAGUGUCGGAGCCGGAAGAGAGAGUAGAGCAAGAGCAAGAAGAAGAGGAAGUGGAGGAAGAAGAAGAAGCGGAGGAGAUUGUCGAGCAGGUCAUCAAGGCGAGAGAGGAAGAGGAAGAAGAAAAGGACGAGGAGGACGAGGACGAACUGGUGAGCAGGCGUGGACGGGAACAUUCAUUCGAAUAAUUUUUUGCUAUUCUCGCUUAGUUUCUCGAAUUUGCACUCUUUUCUGAGGGGCUGCUACCCGAAAAAGCCGUUUGGAUACCUGCUUGAGGGAUUUUUCCCGAAAAUUUUACAAAAAAUCGUUCUUUAAGUCGUUUUGUAACUUUAUCAAUAAGACAAUCAAAGAAUCAACUGAGUUUUUGAAAAAGACCAUCAAUUUGACCGCCAUAAUCGAAAAAUUAGCAGGAGAGGCUGGAAAAGCUGCAAAUGAACAGUCUGAAAGUUCUGGAGAAAAUCACGGCGGCGUUCGUGGCCCGUCCGCCGAAACAGCUCGUCCUUUUCAACACUUUCAUCGACUUCUACAUCGGCCACGUCAGUUACUACUUUCUGGGCAAACGGCCGAAGGAGAAAGAGAGCGAAGAAGCGGAGGAGACGGAUCCGAACCAACCGGGACCGGCGCCGCCUCCGCAACCCGUUCCCGAGCCGAUGGAAGAGGGAGAGGAAGGAGAGAAAGAGAAAGAAGAAGAGGAAGUGUCGAAGGUUGUGGAAGAGAUGGCCUACGAGCACCUCAAGUCGAUGCUCGCCACCGUCUGUCUCGGCGAUCCGGGCCUUUUGGCUUCCAUCCUCGAAUUCCUGCCCCACCUCAAUCAGGCCAUCUCUUUCGGCGGCGAUCCAUUCAUUAAGGUGGGUUCUGUUUAAUCCGAUAAAAAUUCGAGAAAUAUCGCACAUCUCAAGCUCUAUUAAUUUGCAGCGAAUCCUGGAUCAGAUGCGGAAAAUGCCGAAGAAAUCGGAAGGAGCGUCCGAUUCGGAAUCCGUCUCGAAAGCGGAUGAUUCUCUCCGUGAAUACAUGGAACUGCUCCAAAUGGGCUCCAAAAAGGUACCAAAUCGGAGCGAAACGGACGGGAAAAUGCUAAAAUCGAAGAAGAAUUUGCAGACGGACAAACUGAGAAUCACGAAAAGAACGGGCGCGGCGAAGAGGAAAACGAAGGAAAACAAUGAGAACGAGCAGCGGGAGGAGGAGGAGGAAAUCGUCGUGCUCGAAAAAAAUUCCAUGAUCAUCUGGAACCACGUACGCCCCUUUUUUACUGAAAAGUUCUAGAAAAACUAUGCAGUUUUUUGGAUUUUUAUCUGAUUUCAAGAAACAAUCAUUUUUCAGAUAAAAGAGCGCGUGAGUCCGAUUCAAAUGAGCAAGAUCAUCAAAUUGAUUGGAAUGUACAAUAAUCUGGAAGUUUCGCCCGAGCAAAUGUGUCACGAAUUGCCCAAAAUAAUGGGAGUUCAGGGAUCGGAGGUUGAAGGUUUGCUCCGCGGAAUGCUCGGAUUGAAAAAAGAACGGCCCGAGAAUGAUCGUCAGUUUUUUUCCAUGUUUUCUGUAUUUUUCCAGUAAUUUUUUUAAUUUCAAAAUUUGCAGCGGACGCAGUGAUGAAAACCGAUCUGCCGGCUCCGCAGCACGCGAAACGAGGGCUCCGCGACCAGAAACAGCUGCAGAAUGCGCGAAAAGUGGAGGCGGCGACCGUUUGCACUCUGGGACCGAGUUAUCGACUGAUGAAGGACACGCGCGAGACGGACUGCUCCGGACGCGUCGAAUUGAGCCCCGAACUCAAAGGGGUACGUCCCAUACUCAUGAAAACGUUCUUUCUCGAGAAUUUUCGACAAAUUUUGACAAAUUUUGAAUAUGAAUUUUCAAGACGAGUUCUCCUCAUUUUUCGCUCAUUUGUAUUCCAUAUUCAUAGGUGCAAGCUGUUUUGAGAAACGUCAAAACAAUGUAAUGUAAGUAAUGGAGCAACCUGACACCCUCUUACAGUGACAGUAAAGUCGGAAAUGUCCAGAUUGCUGCCCCUUAACUCCUGCAAUCUGGACAUUUCCGACUCUUGCGCUCGCACCAAGUGUCCUAGUGUAUCCAAUUGAGACAAAACUAGAAGAACAUAGCCCAUAGAAGUAAUUCAGACAGUUAGAACAACUUGACGCCUUACGGCUGCCAAAUUUAUUUUCCGAACCAGACCCCUCCCACUCGCCUGUCUCAGACUGCCGGCGCCCAAUUCAAAACACCUAUGCCCAUUAUUGAAUGAAAAAUCAUUUGCAGGUGAUGAACGACACGUGGACGUCGUAUCCAUCGUGGUCUUCGGAAGAUCCGGGCAGUCAGGCGGUGAAAAGGUCGAAUUUGGAGGAGUUUCACAGCAAGACGGAAGAGGAACGCUACGAACUCGAUAUCAUCGUCGACUCGAAUCGGACCAUCAUCGAGCAGUUGUCAAAGACGUUGCGGGAACUCGAGAAACUGAGUGACGAGCAGAUUAAACAUGUCAAGUAAGCACACUUGCAAUAUUUCAGCAGUGUUUAUAAUCAUUUGUGUGUAUGUACAGACUGGACGAUUCGCUGAACUGCAGUUCGGAGUCGACGAUGAAGAGGGUGCUGGCGAAGGUGUACACGAACUCGUCGACGAAUUUGAUCGAAGCGGCGAAGAAGAAGCCCGUGCUGGGCAUCCGGACUAUUCUGGACGGACUCAAGCAGAAGGACGCCGAGUGGUCCAAGUUCCAGCAGGAAACCAAUCGGUAUGCCCGUUUUCUGAAGACCUACAAACGUGCAAUCAAUUUUCAGACUCUGGCGCGACGCGAUGGACCGUCAUUUGCAGAACGCGGCGGUGUCUUUGACGAAUCAGCAGAAGCACUACGAUCUGAAGGCGUUCAAGUCGAAGCCGUUGGUGCAGCAAAUCGAGCAGGUCUAUGAGGAGCGCAUCAAAAAGUUUGUCCUUAUUUUUUGUUAUUUAUUUUUUGCGAUUUUACAAGAAUUUUACAGCAAAAUCAAUGUGUUUUGCAGAAAUCCGGACGAGAAGUCGGCUCAUUUGGUGCUCGAGUACAGUUCGGAACCACGCGUUUAUCGGGAUGUCAACGACGUUACCGGCCACUUUUUCCACGAGAUUCCGGGCGCGAAAACGGAGAAGGACCGCGCGAAACUCGUCCUUUUCAGGUAAGUUCCGACCGAACCGGCUAACUCAAAUUUUUGUACAUAAUUGCGUAUCUUUCCCUUUUUGCUGCCCGACGACCGUCGAUCCCUUGAUAACAGUUACAGAGUGCUCAUGGACUGGUUGUGUCAGCCCGCUCAGACCGUCGUCAUCGACACUGAAAACGGACGGAGGCUCGAGUUCAACGGAGAUUCGUACGUUCUUUUAGUUUCUUGAAUUUUUCAAAGUUUCAAAAGUGUAUGGUAAUUCCCAAGUUUUGACUGUGAGAAUGAGCUAAAAGUUUCAAAAAUUCAUCGGCGUUUUCCCAUUUUCGGCUACGAAUUGCAAAAAAAUACUAGAAAAUGUGAAAAACUGUUCAGGAACGAAUGCGCCGAACUGUUGCGAGUGCUCAAAAUCGACAGCCGGCGGAUCGUGGGCGACCGCGUGGUUCCCUUCGGAUCUCCGUCCGACGCCUCGCCCUCGCCCACUCCGUUCGCGAAUGCGGCGGUUCCGAUGAGACAGAAGUUCCACGAGGCUCUCUCGAAACGGGAGCAGAGGGUGUUCUUCGGCGACGACGACGUCUACAUGAUCAUUCGGUUCCACCACCUCAUCGUCGAACGGUUCGCCAAGAUCCUCGCCACGCAGGCCGUCUACAGUCAGGAGAGUUUGGUGAGAAAAAUACCAGGGCUACAGUUUUUCAAAACAAGAAUAUGUUGCAGGACAAUCAAAGGAAGCAUGAAAUGUGGGCAAAAUCGGUCGGAGCGGACAUGAAAGGCCGGAAAGUGCUCGAGAGGAAUUUGAUCGAAAGGCGCGAGGCCGUCGAUGAUAUUCGCGUCAGUUUUACCACUUUUCUCUGAUUUUCUCACAAUUCUAGUUUGCGUACUUUCUGACGAAAGCAGUUUAAAAAAUGCAAACGAUGCUGCAAAAUAAGCGCAAUAAUUGCAGAACGUGCGCACGUCGCCGGGCGAAUACUACGAGCAGACAAUUCGGGAACUGAAGCAGGUCGGCAGCAUCUCGCUGGAGUUUUCGGCGUUCGAGGAGACGAUCAAGCAGCUGUUCCCCGGCGAAGGCCUUCUGUUCCACUCGAUGGACAAACUGUUCGCGGGUCUCGCGAAGAACGUGCACCACGCGACGGUCGCCGAGCAGAGCGCCAACCCGAUCAUGAUGUACCUCAAGUUUGCGCAGAGGUGGAAGAGCUGCGCAACUGAGAGCGAGUGGGACCACGUGCACGACGAGUACAUGGAAGAGGCCGCCGAGCACCUCCGCGGCAAGAACACCUACCGCUUCGAGUUUGUCGCCGGGCACAACCCCUUCUGCAAGAUUUGGCUCAUUCCCCGAGGAGAGGAGGUACGGACGAACGGGCCUGGGCUAUUGGACCACUUGCUCCGAUCGGCACCAAACUAUUCAGACUUUGUGGACUUGGAUUGAUAAGUCUUGGGUUCGAGUUGCGGACCGAUCCGAUCAUCUUAUCCAGAGAUAUGUGGAUCAGAGACCGCAAGACUCUCCUUGCGGCAUUUUCGGCUUCGAAUCAACAUAUUUCCGGGCAAGAUAAUCGGAUCGGUCUGAAACUUUGACCCAAGAUACUUGAGUCCAAGUCCAACAAGUUUGCAAAGUCUGAAUCCGAUCGGAAUAUCGUAAAUGGCACAAAAGCCCUGCGAACUACCCACUUUUUGAAAAUUUGGAAGAAAAAUUCAGUUUGUUACCAAAAACAUAAAAUGUUCUCUUUGUUCAUUCGAAUUUGAUGGUAGAAAUAUAACUGUAAUACAACUUUUUGAUCAAAUUUAAUUUAUUGCAGGCGGACAAGAGUCCGGACAACGACGACGACGAGAACGAGGGAGCGGAGAGCGGAACGGGCGGUGCGAACGGAGACGAGGACGGCGACGAAGGACCGACUUCUGGGGCCGGCGAGACGAGCGGCGGAGAGCCGAUGACCGAUUAG